GUGUGUGUGUUGUUUGUUGUUUCUGUUGUCAUGUCUAUGAAAGAAGAAUUUUGAGUGUUCAAAUAAUCGUCAUCGUCACAUAUUUCAUGGAGGAGAUGCGAAACUAAACGGGAAAUUAUUCGAUGUCGCCCGCCGCCUUCAUCUCAAUCUCAUUGAACACCGAAAACAUACUCUGGCGUACCGAACACAUUAUUCUCACGUCCAAUAAUAAUAAUAAUAAAAACAACAACAAAUAAAAACAAAAACAAAAAGAAAAAUUAAAACAAAAACCAAAAAAUUUAACAACAAACAAAAAAGUAAUAAAAAACAAAUAAUAUAGCAUUGCUCUGCCUCUGCUUUUUCGGGAGGGCUGCUGCGACGUUGCUCCAUUGGCUCUUUUAGUGGUUUGUGAAUGAUGUCCAUUGUAUUAGGUGCUGCUGGAUGGGUGGAUGGUUGCUGUGGCACCCACCGUGGUUGCUCUGCUGGUGGCGAUGGUGAUGAUGAUGAUGUUGUUGCUGAUGAUGAUGAUAAUAAUGGUGGUAAAACUGGGGUAGCCGUUGCUGUGGUGGUGAUGGAGCGCUUUGAUUCAAUUACCUUGCGGCCAAACGCAACGGUUGUCAGUAGUCGUGGUCGUUGCUUGGUAUUCUUAUUUGUACUUGGCGUUAGCGCUUAUUCGCUGGAGGCAACCGAUGAUGAUGAUGAUGGCCAUGCUUAUGCUGCUACGAUUUCACAGGUUUGCUGUUCGCACGUCCGCAGGAUCUGUCAGUAAUGACAUAAAUUUAAUAAGAUUCAAUCUGGUGCAAAGUGUUGAUGACUUUUUAAUUUUCCACUAUAAAUCGAGUACGCUCGUCCUCCCCACCGCCCGGCUGCUCCAUUGCCCAAAGGCAGCAUCGGAGAGUCCAAUAAUAAAAAAUGUGCGUAUUUUUGAGUUGAAUUUCUAAGAAAGAAUAAAAUCAUCGCAAAAAACUGAAUCUGAAGGUAAAAAAGAACCAUCGACGUAAGCAUCUGAAAUUGGUAUGUUGAAAUAUUUAUUGCUUUUGGCGUUUUCCAAACUUUGUUUUUUUUUUUUCGUUUGCCAUGUUAGAAGUUCAAAGACUCGAGUGUUUUGUUUGUUUGUCGAUUGCAAAUUGUGGUUUUCAGUUUUUUUUUUUUUUUAUGAAAUUCAAAUGUGAAG